GAACGCCAACGUCUUCUGCAACGGGUUAAAGAAAUUGAAUUCGAAUUCGCUGACAUGGAGACUCGGGAAGCUGACGAAAAGAUAAGAUUACAGGAACUUGAGACAGAGAAGAAAAAACUUCAAGAGCAGAUAAGUGAUUUGUCAGAUCAACUUGAGGCAGAAGAGCAACAACGGCAAAAACUACAACUAGAAAAGAGUACAUCAGAUCAGCGUAUUAAAAAAUUGUCUGAUGACUAUGCCAGUCUUGAAGACAAAUAUAAUAAACUAGCGAAGGAAAAAAAAAUACUUCAAGAUAGAGUUUCUGAACUUUCUUCGCAUCUUGCUGAAGAAGAGGAAAAAAGUAAACAAUUAGCAAAGCUUAAGUCAAAGCAGGAAUCUAGCCUAAAUGAACUUGAGGAACGGCUCUCUAGGGAACAGAAAAUUCGUCAGGAUAUUGAACGCUCUAAACGUCGUUUAGAAUCAGAAAUGAAUGAAAAAAAUGAUCAAAAUUCUGAACACUCUAGGAGCAUUGAUCAGCUCCAGGCUAGUUUAGUAAACGCUAAAGAUGAGUUAUUAUCUGUGCAGGCUAAACUGGAUGAAGAAAUUGUUGGAAAGAAUACUUGCCUUAAAACGAUUCGUGGAAAUGAGGCUAUAAUCCAAGAGCUAAAGGAGGAUCUUGAAUCAGAGAAGGCCGCCCGUGAUAAAGCUGAAGAAGCGAAGCGAGACCUAAAUGAGGAACUGGAAGCAGUUAGAUUAGAAUUAAUUGAUUCAGGUUCCAAUUCUGAUGCACAAGCUCAAGCUUUGAAGAAGCAUGAAGCCGACCUAUCAUCCAUGAGGAAGCAAAUGGAAGCAGAAGCAGUGUAA